CUCACUUCAUCUCAAACAUGAGGGAUCUUCAGCGUUUUGAUAUUCAGCCGCUUGGUGAUGUGAAAGCAUCAUCUGAGAGCCGCCCGAGUCAUUUUUGGAAACGAAAGGAAACCUCGCUACGACUCAGAUGCAGCAGAUCUCACAUGAUCACGCACAAUUAAGUUGCAUAGCGUGCUGAUCGAUAAGUGGGUUCACGUCAUUGACCAAAAGGGAAACCUGCAGCUGCACUUGACUACGAGGGAGGAACAUCUGGCAGGUGGCCAAGCUGCAUAACACCAGCGAUCCUCAGAGGGUCCAGGCGAACACCCUGUGGUGGUGUCGCAGGACUCCAGGGGGGUAGAGGCGUCUAAAGGGCUGAAGAAAAAACUUCUAUUCAGUGAAGAUCAGGACGUGGAGUUUGUUGUCAGAAACAUUCUGACAUUCACACAUGGAUUAAAAUAUAUAAAUACAACUGUAAAUGUGUGUUUUCCAAAUUAAAGCGAGAGGUUCAUUUUUUACAUCUUUGAAAGUUUAAAACAGAUCCUGCUUUGGAUUUGUAGACUCAUGACAGGAUUGGACUAUACCCUUAAGGGUGAGCUAUUUUUAAUCUAAAAGCGUAGUGCUCAUUUUAGCCAUUAUGACUAUAUUUUCUCGGACAACCUCUGAAAGUUUCUGUCUAUUUGCUCCGGGACCAGUAAGGCGAAGCAGAAGACUGGAGGUGAACCAAUGAAACCCCAUUCCCCACUCAAGACUGUGUUCAUAAUUUUCUGUUGUCUCCACAGAUUGAAGCUUUCAGUAUGCGUCUGUUGUUAUUGCAACGAUAAACAAAUGAGAAAAGAAUCAUCAUCAGUUCGUGACCCGCCACGUUUGGAGAUGAAAGGGUGGCUGCUGCGCUGGUUCGCUCCUUCACAGUUCGCCGGCAGACGAUCUGGUUGAGAGGCGACGGGAAGCGGCAGCGCUUUCCUGUGACGUGGAUGAAGACAGAGAGGAGAGAGAAUAACUUCUGCGCUCUCAGUGGUCCUUUACAGCUAUCAUAGCAUAUUAUACAUAUACACUGACUUUAUUUAAUCGCAUCCUGCUGAGGGCGCUGCUGUGUGGCUAAUAUAAGUCACAUGAUUGAAGUGCAUCAGGAUUGGUGGUCCAGUUUGAACUUGGGUGUAGACUACACCUCCCCGGAGCAACAGCCGCUCCGCUGGGUGACAAAAUGGCUUGCUACGUGUAAGAAGUCUCUAAUGUUUCCGAAUAAGAGGAAGACAUGUGCUGCGAUUCAAGAGAAUGGUGCGCCGAUCAGACCUGCUCUGUAAUGCCUCAGCGUGUGGGAAGCUGGAAGAGGUGUUGGAUUUACUGCAAGCUGGAGCUGAUGUUAAUGGACUGAAUGAGUUUCAGAGGACUCCUCUGCAGGUGGCGAUGCUCGGGAGCACCAAACUCGUCGAGGUUCUCCUCGCGGCAGGAGCCGACCCCAACGCGCGCGACCAGGUCCUGAACCUUACCGUGACUCACGACGCCGCGCGCGCGGGUUUUGUGGAGACCGUGCGCGCGCUGGUCAAUCACGGAGCGGACGUGAAUCUCGCGGACGAAAUCGGCAACCUGCCGCUGCAUCUGGCCGCGAGGGAGGGCCACCUGGAGGUGGUGAGGAUUCUCCUGGACCUCACCGAGGACCCCCGGAGGACCAACCACGAGGGGCACAGCGCGCUGUGGCUGGCACGAGACUUCAACCGCGUGGAGACGGCUAACUUCAUUGAACAAUAUCUGGGACUCUGAGUGACGUGAGGGAAGGUCUUGUUGCUGAUUUGUUUAUCAUAACGGGCCCUCAGAGGAAGAGCAGCUCUUGUAGUAGGCCUAUUGUCAUGACGCGAAUGAAAAAUGUUAUUUUACCAGAGUCGCCUUCAGACUCUGUUACUCACCAGAGGUCAGUAACAGAAAUUAGUCUUCAGUGUCGCACCCUAUUCCUGCGUUUAUCUUUAAUAAAAGGGCUUUUGCGACAAACUUGUCCCAAAAAGAGGCAACUUCCUCACCUCCUCCAGCAGGGGCGCUGCCAUUGUUUUUUGUUGCUCAAAUAAAUAAGUUUGUUUGGAGCUUUUACUGUUGGGUCGAUAGCGCUCUUCUUCUCUGUGCCGAAGCGCUUUCUGGAUAAAAUGCGUCUUUAUCAUGUCACGUCAAAAGCUAUGCUGGUUGUAAAAACAAGAAAUGUCCUUCAGCGACACGCAUGUGUCAUUUUUGUGCUCAGUUUUCUCAAAUGUACAGUCUGACUGUGAAAGAUGGGCCCACAGUCAAUUGACGUUUCAAAUCACUUUAUUUUCACAAUUUUAAAAACCACAACAAAAAAGUUAUACACAUUGCAAUAAGUAGGUGUCUUCUUCGAGUCUGCGCCACAAAGACAAAGGCAAUUUUCUGGAGCCGGGUUGUUUAUGUUUGUAAAUAUGUGCAAAAUGCCUUAAAAUAGCUACAUUGUUUUGUUGCAGGAGCAUAAUCUCAGUCUGAAAAUGGUCCUCAACAUCCCAGUACAUUUAUUUAGUUGCGUAGAAACAAUUAACUAGUUAUUAACUUACUACUUUGUACAACCACUUUUCGAUUCAAUUCAGUAAAAAAAAAACAACUUAAUUUAUCCGAAAUGGAAAUGAAAUAACUAAAUACACAAUCUUUUGUCAAUAGAACAGAACUUCAGUGACUCAUCACAAAGAGAGGGAUAUUAUUCCAUCUUUGCGUCAUUUCUCGAGGCCUGAGCUUCAGGUUUUCAGAAACAUUUAGAUGUGGGGAAUGCGAUGGCCAUGGGGGCCAUUUUCCCCUUUGGAGGAACAAAAUAGCCACAUGCAGAUCACAACUAUUUCUUGUUGCGUCAAGUCUGUUUGUGUGGUUUGAAUUAUGAUGGAUUUUGAGGCCUCCUGUUCUCUCCGCCGGUCAUUUGAAAGCUACACGAUUGAAUGAACUUUCUGGAAACGCAGCGUGCGCCACUGCAGAACUGGAUCCGCCAGGUGUAAUGCGCGAAAAGUAAAAAAAGAAUUUGCAAGCAAUUCGACCUGCAGUGGUUAUUAACACUUGCGGGCCUCGGUUUCAUUUCGAGUAGAAGGUCGGCUGCACUCACUUCACAUUUGUUUAUUUAUGGUAAAGAAGAAAUAAUUAUAACAUAAGUGCAAAUUAGGAAGAUAGUUCUCUAAGUAAUAAGCGCGUUUUGGGUUUUGACUAUAUUCUGACCCGCAGAGCCUCCUGCUCUGUGGAGGCUGCAGAACUUUCUCAUCUGAAAAAAAGGAAAAGAGGGGGAGGAGUUCAGCCAUAUAUGGACUUGCAUAAUAGAUGGGGAGUUUUUUCUUUGACGUGGACUCAUACGUUCAGGGUUUUAAUUGGCUGGAGAGAGUUUACAGACUGACCUAUCAGUGAUCUGUUCUGCAUAGGAGACUGCAUUUAGAGCAGUUUCAUAAAUAAGCUUUCUGUGACGCAUAUUUCAUGAGUGCUUGUAACUGCAGUAAUUUGAAGUUUGUAAACUGAGACA